UCCUGCUGAGGAGUAGCAAAGCCUUCCUGAGACAGCAGAGGCCUCUGAAACGAGAGAGCGGGGCAGAGGAAGUCAGAAGCGAUGAGGAACUCGAGGGCAGUUGCGUCACCUCCUGAUACCACAAGCCCAGCUCGUUGCACUUGUAGAGCGCAGACGGCUUUCUUCAGCGGCGGGGAGAGGGAGAGGGAGAGGCACGCCGGUGGAAGAUGGAGGAGGCCAUUAGGAAACAGGGAGUGUUGUACCUUCAGCAGCAGAGAUUCGGGAAGAAGUGGAAGAAGGUCUGGUCCACGGUCUACGGAGAGAGCACCUGCUCCAUCGCCCGCAUGGAGUUCUUCGAGUGCAAGGACAGCGGGGCCCACACGGAGAAGCCGGACAAGGCGCUCCGCAAGCAGGAGAACAAGAAGGUGAUCAAGCUGAGCGACUGCAUCCGUGUGUCGGAGGUGGAGAUGGACGGCUGCCCCAAGGACUGCGUGCCUUUCCUGGUGGAGACCACGGAGAAGCUGUUCGUGUUCGCCGCCGAGAGCGCCGAGCUGGAGGACUGGACGCAGAAGCUGUGCGAGACAGCUUUCCCUAUGAACUGGAACGAACGGCCGUCGCUGUCGAAGCGCAACAGUCUGCAGCACUCGGUCCGGGGCGACUCGUCGGCUGCGCCCAUGGAGGAGAACUCCCUCUACAACACCCGGGAGAGCGUGAAGGAGUUCAAAGUGACCAUUCGAAAGACUGAGGCCACGGAGAGGUGUCGACUGCGGGGCAUGUACAUCCUUAGGGCGGACUUCGAAAACCUCGUGCUCAAGGACACCAAGACAGGAGAGGCUCUGUACACCUGGCCCUACAGGUUUCUCAGGAGAUUCGGCCGUGACAAGGUGACGUUCUCCUUCGAGGCCGGACGGAGGUGCACCUCGGGGGAAGGCAACUUCGAGUUCGAAACCAGACAAGGGAACAGCCUCUUCCAGGCCAUCGAGUCGGCCAUCAACGUGCAGAAGAGCACCCUCGCCCACCACAUGAAGCACUUCUCCAGCACGGAAGGGGACGCCUUGCCGAGUCCCCGAUCGCAGGCAGUGGGCGCCUCUGGCACUUACAGCAUGGUCAGCGAAGUUCAAGGGGAAGUCCAGCAGGGCAGCCGGCAGAGGAUGGACCUGCCGAGCGAGACUCUGCUCUCCGGUGUCAAGAGCUUGACGCUAGACUCGCGAUCGACGCCGCGGAAACCUCAGGUCAAGACCAUAGCGAGCUGCCCGAUACUCUCCCAGGAGGACCAGACCUACUCCCAGAUCUCCAUGGCUCCCGGGGAGCCCCUAGACCACGGGAAGGACAGAGGGCCCCAGAAGAGUCAAGGCAAGUCCAGCCACCGCGAGUCGGAGUACGCCGUCCCCUUCGACACCAUCGCCAAGAACCUGGCCAGCACUUUCCGGACUUUCUCCAUCCCCACCCCGGAGGAGACGGGCUCCGAGCGGGGGAGAGGUAAGGUUCCCCUGGAGGCCCCCGACCCCCUCUACGACUCGAUCGACGAGUCGGCGAUGAACAGGGCCAAAAUCCACAAGCCUGCCGCCUACACCCGGGCGGAGCACAUCUACGAUGAGCCCGAGGGCUGCGCGGUCGCGGCAGCGACGGGCACCUCGCUGUACGAUGACCCGGAGGAGGUCAAGGGUUACGCGUGGAAGCUUCAGGCUGCCUCCAUGGACCCCGCCGGGCACGAGUACCCCUACAACCCCUCCGUCGACGACUACGCCGUGCCCAAGCCCCCGAAAAAGGUCCUCAGCACCGAAGAGUCCGACGAGGAUGUCCAGGAUCAAGAGGAGGAGAACCUGGACACCACCUACGACAACGUGAUGCUCAAAUCCAUGGAAAAGAUGAAUAAGAAGUAGGGGUGAACGAACCUGACUUGUGCAGAACAGCCCUGGAAAUUGUUCUCGGGCCCAGGGAGGUCAGAACUGUAGCACAACCUUUCCAAAGCUUGCUUGAUGUGCCAGAUGUCUGUAUUUCCCCAUUCCAAAACUGCCAAGAAGGGACCACAGCAGUGCAAAUGCUUCAAAAGAACCUUGGUAGGUUCAGGUCUCUGCUGUUAACAGUUCAUUACGUGCGAGUGGGAAGAAAUUUCUUUCUGUCUUUAAUCAUGUCAACAGAGUAAUCACUGCCUCGCAUUGAUCUGAGAUGCAGCAGUUCCAGUCCCAGCCCUGGUUCGUGUCCAUAGUGUCAGCGCAGCUCGAAUGAGCAUCAGGUUAUUUUAAACACAGCCACAGACAAUGUGUCUGCUUCUCUGUUUCAAGAGGUAAACAGAACUAUUAUUUCAGGAAAUGAUUAAAUCCCCAGAUGCAGUCCUAUAUUUAUAAGAAUAUGAACAUAUUAAAACCACACAAGAUCAAUGACAAAGGGGCAGUUUCUUCUCCAAUCUAUAGUAUAAUGAGUUUCUUUGUACUUUUUUUGUGACACAUAUUUCGUAUUUAUUGCUGAUGUCUUCAUUACAAAAAAAUAGGCUGUGAGUCUGGUCUUUCGGUUUGAAUUUUGUUCCUAAAGCCCUCGGAUAACUGCAGGGAUCUUCACACGAGUCAGGAGACAGAAUUUACCAACAUCUGCUAGCAGACCUGCUUGGGUUUUAAAGACUUAUGGAAAUUGUAAACACAUGUUUGAAAGUGUGGGUGAUCAACAUGGAAGGAAGCCUAAAAAAACUGAAUAAAAAUGAUUCAGAAUCUGACAACAUGGA